GCCUGUGUCGAAUCAAUUUCAUAGAGGAGGCCAUGAGCGGUCAUUAUUAUACAGUCAUAUGGCUAGUUGGACCAGUGAGAGCAGAGGUGAGAUAUGAAGCGAAUUUGAACGAAUUCAGGAGGAAUCACGACACCUGCCCCCCGAGGGGCAAUCUGCGAAUCGCGGGUAUACACAUUAUUACUGGAGAGAAAUGCACAGGAUACGUGACCAGAAGCACGAGCACUACAAGGCGUAAAACAAAAUGUGAUGAUAUGGCUAGUAGCAGUAGAUGAAUGGAAUGAGGGCGAAUGAAUAUGUUGUAGUAGUAGACAGACUAAAAUCCAGACAGAUGAGGGGAAAAUAUUCGUUCGAUCGAGCAGACGUACACAGGGGCCCUAGGGAAAGGGCGUUGAUUUGUUUUCGUUCGUUGUUUGCCACCUAUUGGGUACCACGGUCCUU